AUGCUAAGUAAACUCCCGAACUAUCUUGCGAACAAAUGGGGGCGUAUUGUAGACAAUCGGAUUGGAGAAGACGUUAACGAACGAAGUGAUGACGAAGAUGAAGUUGGAAUGCCACAAAAGAUCGAGGGAAGAAACUAUCCUUCAUUCAAGGAAUUCUCCCGGUUUCUGAAGAAAGAAGCCCGGAUUGUAUGUAACGCUGUGAUCUCUCAAUGCUUUCUCAAAGGAGAAUCAAACAAGAAAGAAGUGAAAGAGUCGAAUUAUAAACAAUCCCGUUAUAGAAAUGUUGGUAUUAUUGUAUUAAAACUUUAUUUAGAGACACUAGCCCCGUCAACGGUGCGUUGGUUUCCACGGGGGGCGUCUACAAUGUUAAAAAUUACAAAAGAUAUAAGGGAAAAGAAGACUAUUUACAAAUUGGUGUGACCCCAGAUGUUAUGGUUAGACGGAGUUACAAUUUAUUUCAAAUAUAUAUAGUAUUAGAGUUAAGUUUUAAAUGGCUUUUGAACAGGUGCAUUGAUUCUGCCAGUUUCGUAUCGAUAGAGAGACUAUUCCAUAGCUUAGCCCCACUGUAUUUAAAACUCUUUUUUAGGAAUUCUCUUUUAGGCUUAGGAAGAGCCAAAUCUGUAUGACUAUUUCUAAGAUCAUAAUUUGUUUGCAUAUGAUUGCGUCUUAUCAAGGAUUCUUUCAACGUAGGUCCUACGUAAUCCUUCAAGACUUUAAACAUUAAUAUUGCUUUGGUUGUACGUCGUCUUGUCUCUAAAUUGUCCCAAGCAAGAGAUUGAAGAACAUCAGCAGAUCUAAUCUCAUAACUUGCACCGACAAUGAUUCGGGCUGCGCGAUUUUGAAAUUUUUGGAGUUUAUUUUUCAAAUUUUGAUCACAGACGCCCCAAAUGGGAGAACAAUAAUCAAAAUACGGCUGAAUCAGAGCUCGAUAAAUUGUUUGAAGGGUGGUUAUUGGAACAAAGGGUUUAAUACGUCUCAAAGUACCCAGGCCUGCUCCAACCUUUUUGCAAAUCGCCUGAAUAUGUGAAUUCCAGUUAAGAUUUUCAUCUAAAUCGAGACCAAGACAUGUGAAAGAGUGAACUCUGGGGAUGCGUUGGUUAUUUAACAUCACUGGAUGAUCAAAAGUUGUGGAAUUAAUAUGAUGUUUAGAGCCAAAGAACAUUAUUUUGGUCUUAGUUGGGUGGUGUUGUAAUUUAUUUCUAGAAAGCCAAUCACCGAUUCUACUCAGAUCGUGAUUAAGGUUUUCGGUUAAUUCAAUCAAACUGUUAGAGCUGCAGCAAAUUUGGGUAUCGUCAGCAUAUAAAUAAGGAGUAGUUUUUUGAAGGCAUUCGGGGAGGUCAUUGAUAUAGAGUAAGAAUAACAGUGGACCUAAAAUAGAUCCCUGCGGAACCCCAGAAACAAUCCUUUUUGACGAUGACAUUGAAUUAUUAACAAUACAGACUUGCUCCCUAUUAUUUAAGUAAGACUCAAACCAUCUUAACUCAAUAUCCGAUAUACCGAAUUGAUCUUUUAAUUUAUGAAGCAGAAUAUUAUGAUCAAUUGAGUCGAAGGCUUUACGAAUGUCAAGAAAAACAAUGCCGCUCAAUUGACCAUUAUCCAUAUUUUCAUAAAGAGUAUCGCACACCUGAGUUAGAGCGGUGA